GGUUAAACACUAUUAUAGUAAGUGGUGGUGCUCGUCUGGAAAUACGCGUCCAGAUUUGCUUUGCCGGCGAUAGGAACACAGCGAGGAAAACCCGGUUGCGUUUAUAGUGAAAACGUAUGUUAUUUUAGAUAAAUGCACAGCGGCUUCGCCUUGUCCGUGGUCUACGCUAAGCUGGAAAAGUGAUGUUUUAGGACGACUGAACUUGCUUUAAACCUUUAAAACUUUGAUCCGGCGUGCACCGAUACAAUACAUCGAUACGUUUUAGCUGAAUUCGCUGGAUGCAACGUGCGUUUCGGAAGGACGAUUAAACACGUAUCAAAGACUCAGCCUAACCUUGUUGUGGUCUUUCUGGUCCGCAAAAAUGAACUUCUUCCUGGAGACGCUGCAGCUCGUGUACCUUUCAGUCUACUUCAUACUGGAGGCGUGCUUCAGGUUCUUCGUCCGCGCGAGGCGGAAGAACGUGACCGGCGAAGUGGUGCUGAUCACGGGCGCGGGCAGCGGCAUCGGGCGGCUGUUGGCGCUGGAAUUUGCCGGGCUGGGGGUGUCGUUAGUCCUGUGGGACAUUAACCAAGAGGGCAACAAAGAGACCGCCCGUCUCGCGAGGGAAAAGGGGGCCGCCAGAGUCCACACAUACCUGUGCGAUUGCAGCGACAAGGCGGAGGUGUACAGAGUGGCCGAUCAGGUGAAGCAGGACGUCGGGGACGUGAGCAUUCUCAUUAACAACGCUGGCAUCGUGACCGGCAGGAAGUUCUUGGACGCUCCGGAUUCUCUCAUUGAGAAAACCAUAGAAGUGAACACCAUGUCCCAUUUCUGGACAUACAAGGCCUUCCUUCCCACCAUGAUUGCGAACAACCACGGCCACCUGAUCAGCAUCGCCAGCUCCGCCGGGCUCAUCGGCGUCAAGGGGCUCGCAGAUUACUGUGCCAGUAAGUUUGCAGCCAUUGGAUUUGCGGAGUCUGUGGCUCUGGAGCUCUUGUCCACUGGAAAGGACGGGGUUAAGACCACCAUCGUCUGCCCGUACUUCGUGAACACGGGCAUGUUCGACGGCUGCAGGACUAAGUGGCCCAAUGUGCUUCCCAUCCUGGACCCGGACUACGUAGCGAAGAGGAUUGUGGAUGCCGUUCUGACCAACCAGGCCUACCUCCUCCUCCCCAGAAGCCUCUACUUCCUGAUGUGCUUGAAAAACAUUGUGCCGGCAAAAUUAAACGUCAUGCUGGGCGUUUACUUCGGCGCGUGCAAUUUCAUGGACGCCUUCAAAGGACGAGCGAAGAAGGACCAGUAAGCCGCGAAAAAAGAUCUGCUACGGGGAUCGCGAAUCGUCGCGUCACGUUGCAAAUUUAAAUAUGCGUGCCUGAUUUUAAAUGUAGAUCAUACAAGUCUACCUCUAGAAGUAAUGUCAUAAUACAGUGGUUGUAAUAGAAGGUAGAAAUGUUUGAAUUUUAGGAAAUUCAUUUUGUUGUGGUGUGACUUUAUUUAUCAGUUUAUUUUGUGUUCUUUUGGUCAUUGUAGACUAGAAACAUAAGAAACAAGGUCCCCAAAUGACCAAUAGUCCUACCAAGUCUUUCUGUCGUAUAACUAGGCAUUUUUCACGCAAAAAAAGUUUUUUUUUUUAAUGUCAACUAAAUCAAAUAAGUUUAAUAUCACAGCAUUUGUUUUUUUUUUUUGUUUGGUGGGGAGUCUUUGUGUGUGACUUCUUAAAAUGAUUAUUUUGAUUGCAUUCCUCCUUAGCUAAGGUACCGACACAAGGGGAACUUUUUUAAUGAAUCGAAACCCUAAUAUCUGUGGUGUCAGUCACUCACACACAUGGAUUUACUCGCCUUCUGUUUAAACAUGUAGUUAAUAAUGUUUGUUAAUAUUAUGGGAUUUUUAAAAACCACACAUGUUUUGGAGGAGAGUGACAUUCUAUCCAACAAGUGUUUGUAUAUGGUAGACGGUCAUUAAUAUAUUUCAAUUCUGUUCCAAAGUUAAAAUGCUUUCUUAUCCUUUAAAGUUCAAACACAUUUUCUUUUAUUGUUUGCAUUUAUGGCCAGGUCUAUUUCAGCAUCGUCUCCAUACACCAGCACUUGCACAUGGAAUGUCAUUCUGCUUCAGAACGUUUGGGGGUGGAAAAAAAACAAACAAAACAAAACGAUGAAGAAUGAAAGUUUUUCCACACUUGAUUUGUUUCCGCAGUGCCUCUUGUGUUACACGGUGGUUAGAGGGGGUCAAGGUGGUGACUGUGCUGUUAUUGCCACUGUCUGUUCUGAGAAGUGAUCUAUGUAAUGGCCCACUGUAAGUGGAAUGACUGUAGUUAAGUGACUGAAGUGUCUAUCGUGGCAUACUGACUAACAAUGUGAAGACGAUUCAGAAUUGGUUUGCUUUUGAAUCUUGAAGGUUUACAGUUUUUCACACUGGGCGGAAAAAAACAGUCCAGCAAGUUGAUCACUGGUUGACUUUUUAAAAAAAGAAGUAGUUUUAACGAAAUAAUUCAUUACUGAUUACAGCCUCAACAAAUGUCCAUUUAUGCUUUUAUGAAGAAAAAUAAUGGAAAAGGUUGUACGUUGUACUCGUUUGUGUGUAUGCUUGUUUUGUCCAAAACGGAAAAAAUAAAAUUG